UCAUCUUCCACAAUCCACACCACGUAAAAUAAAUCCUUCUUAUACUACUAACUAUAAACUAUCACCCCUUUUAUCUAACAAGUAAGAAAUGGGUUCAAGGAGCACCAUCCUUAUUUUCUUUUUCUCUCUUAACAUCCUCUUUUUCUCCCUUGUUUCCGCAACAAACCCCCCUUCAUCAACAUGCCCUAUCGAUACUCUUAAGUUGAAGGUGUGCGCCAAUGUGCUCAAUGGUUUGCUUGGGCUUAAUAUUGGAACCUCUCCUAAGCAGCCAUGUUGUAGUCUUAUUCAAGGACUUGCUGAUCUCGACGCUGCUGUUUGCCUUUGCACUGCCCUUAAGGCUAACGUCUUAGGCAUCAACCUUAACAUUCCUAUCUCUUUAAGGUUACUUCUCAAUGCAUGUGGAUGUAACUACCCCGCGGGUUUCACUUGCCCUUAAAAACGUAACUCAUCAUCAACCUUAUAUAUUAUAGCUUAUACCAAUGAUUUUAAUCUAUAUUGUCCUACUAAAAAAUAUACUCCGUAUCGAUAUAGUAUACUGUAUCUUUACUAAAGAGUAUUAUAUAUAUAUAUGUAAUAUGUUUUGUAUACUUUAUAUAUGUAUACGAUAUACGCAUCUUUGAUGUAUAAUAAAGUACGGUCUCCGUAUUUCUUUACUA